AUGGAAAUGAACUUUUCCGCAGAGAUGGACCCAUCAACCGAAAACGAUUCGAUUGUCCACCUGGAUGCCCCGAUUCUCCCGGACAACGUGACCAUCAUUCGAACCGGAAACGGUUCAAUCAUACAGGAUCAGAUGUUUCUGAACACCAUGGUGGCUCAGGCCCUCUCGGGGAUAUUUGUGUGGUCUGCCUUGCUGAUAACGUGUCACCAGAUCUAUACACAUCUUCGCUCCUACACUGUCCCCAAUGAGCAGCGCUACAUCAUCCGCAUCCUGUUUAUUGUUCCAGUUUAUGCCUUUGAUUCCUGGCUCAGCCUCCUCUUCAUCAGCAAUGACCAGUACUAUGUCUAUUUUGAUUCCGUUCGAGAUUGUUAUGAAGCGUUUGUCAUUUACAAUUUCCUGAGCCUGUCCUUUGAGUACCUCGGAGGAGAGAGUGCCAUCAUGUCAGAGAUUCGAGGGAAGCCCAUACAAUUCUGCAAACAGGCGACUCUCCAGUUCUGCGUGGUCAAACCCGUCAUGGCAGCCAUCACCAUCAUCCUGCAGGCCUUUGGCAAAUACCAUGAUGGAGAUUUUAAUGUGAAUGGAGGAUACCUGUACAUCACCAUCAUCUACAACUUCUCCGUCAGCUUGGCCCUCUAUGCUCUUUUCCUCUUCUUCUUCGCCACCAGCGACCUGCUCAGGCCCUACGAACCCGUCCUCAAAUUUCUCACAAUUAAAUCUGUCAUCUUCUUGUCCUUCUGGCAAGGAAUGGUCCUGGCCAUCCUGGAACGAUGCGGUGUCAUUCCCAAUGCGCUUUUCAUCAACGGGCACGAGGUGGGCGCCGGCACAGUGGCGGCGGGCUGGCAGAACUUCAUCACCUGCAUUGAAAUGUUCUUCGCCGCCAUCGCCCUCCGCUAUGCCUUCACCUGCACCGUCUACCAGGAGAAGAAGAACGAUGUGCCAGAGAACAUCCCCCCAAUGCAGAGCAUCUCCAGCGGCCUAAAGGAAACCAUGAACCCAGGAGACAUGGUGCAGGACGCCAUCCACAACUUCUCCCCCGCCUACCAGCAGUACACCCAGCAGUCCACACAGGAGGUGACCCAGCCCAGCACCAACGGGAAAGUGCUCACCGGCAACAAGAGCUCCCGCAAGUCGGACAAGAUGAUGCUGAUUACAUCCGAUGACGAAUUCUAGGCCGUUUCCUAGCAAGAUCCAGCAGAAGUCUGGAGCCGUGCUUUUUCUUUCAAUCAAGCUGCUGGAUGUUCAGCUGCGUCCCCGCAGCAGAUUCCGUCUUUGUCAUUAUGCCACUGCUGCUCUCUGGCCGUCUGAAGUGUAUUCCCUCUGAAUCACGUCACUUUCAAAGAGGAGAUGAUUAAUAUGCGAGUACAGGUGGGAGGCAGGGAAGCCAGCAGUGGCUCUUCAUGGACCAUUUCUCGCAUCUGCUUUUUUGAAGUAUUUGCUGAGCAUUCCUGUUCGUGGUUUCCUGACAAAUGGAAGGAUUUGUCCGAAGACACAUUAGUUUUGGAGCAGGCACUUCAAACUGUAGGAUGCACUUCACAAUCUUUUGUAUCUGCUAUUAGAGGGAUUCAGCCUGUCUUCAAAACACCGAGUGGGUGUUUGAAUGUUCUCAUUAAUUUCCCCACUAUGCUAAAGAGUGAAAUGUAGCAUAGCAAGGUGGCUAUUUAACUGAUGCAAAUAGUUAGAUUUUUGCAACAUAUUCACUAUUUUAAGACCUUUUUAGAGCUUUUCUUUUGCAUAAUAACAAGCAAAAAUCCUAUGUUCCAAGGAU